AUGAGCCUCAUUGCAAAUCUGCCAGAAAUGUGUCUUCGGGGUGCCAGCCCAGUCCUGGGCAUGGUUGCAGUGAGUGGCUUCUUAUGCUUCUUUAUUGAUCAUGUUCCUGUCCCUCGGUGGUGGGACAAAAAGGCCCAGUUGAUCGGACAAAAACAUCCUGAGAGCAUCACCUCUUUUGAGUGUCCCUACGACUACAUUCGACAAAUCUAUGGCAAGUAUCAUUGGGCACCGUUUGUCAACAAGCUAGCCCCGACCCUUCGAAGCGACGAUGGUUCCAAGUACCAGAUGGUGUUGGAGAUUAUGGAUGCCAUCCACCUCUGCCUGAUGUUAGUAGAUGAUAUCGCUGAUGGAAGCGAGUACCGCAAAGGACGACCCGCGGCUCACAAUAUCUACGGCCCAUCGGAGACCGCGAAUCGCGCCUACUAUAGAGUUACCCAAAUCCUCAAUCAAACGACCAAGGAGUUUCCUAAUCUUGCACCGUGGCUGAUGCAAGAUCUUCAGGAUAUUCUUGAGGGACAAGACAUAUCUCUUGUUUGGCGCAGGGAUGGGGUUAGUAGCUUCCCUACCGCUGCUACAGACAGGGUCGCGGCGUAUCGACGAAUGGCCUCUCUCAAGACAGGUGCAUUAUUCCGUCUACUGGGCCAUCUAGUCCUUGAGAAUGAUUCUAUGGAUGAGACCCUGACCCUGGUUGCCUGGGUCUCGCAGCUGCAGAACGACUGCAAAAAUGUUUAUUCUUCCGAGUAUGCCAAGUUGAAGGGCUCGAUUGCCGAGGACUUGCGUAACCGCGAAAUGACAUACCCGAUCGUGCUGGCAUUGGAUGCGCCCGAUGGCCAUUGGGUGACCGCCGCCUUGGAAUCUCCGUCGCCCCAGAAUAUUCGCAACGCCCUCAAAGUAAUCCGGUGCGACUGCGUGCGUGACAUAUGCAUGGCAGAGCUAGCGAGGUCGGGUGCCUCCGUGAAGGAGUGGCUGGAAUUGUGGGGUAGGAAGGAGAAGCUUGAUUUAAAGGCAUGA